AACACACAUCUCCUUUCUCACGUCCACCCAAAGCGAUUCAGGCCGUCAUCCUUCACUCCUUCAUCUUCCUCAACCUUUGAUAACUUCCAGGUCCCCUAGCCAUGUCCACCGCCCUCAAACCAAACGCAGAGCUUGCUCUUGCCUUUGCCUCUUCUUCUUCCAGACCCUCGUAUUCGAAACCCAACUCCACCCAGCUACCCAGAAUGCCCUCCGGGUCUCUCCCCAACAACUUCUCCGGCCUCUCAUUGGCUUCAUCCAGUGGACUUUCUCAGAGCAAACAUGUAUGCUCACUUUCGAAGAAUGAUUCCGGUGAAAGCUCUGGUGGGUUCUCGUAUAAGGAUGCUGGUGUGGAUAUAGAUGCCGGGGCGGAGCUUGUUCGAAGAAUUGCCAAAAUGGCUCCUGGCAUUGGAGGCUUUGGAGGUUUUUUCCCCCUCGAUGAUUCGUAUCUCGUAGCUGGUACUGAUGGUGUGGGAACUAAGCUUAAGCUCGCGUUUGAUACUGGAAUUCAUGAUACUAUUGGUAUUGAUUUGGUUGCGAUGAGUGUCAAUGAUAUUGUCACUUCUGGAGCCAAGCCAUUGUUUUUCCUUGAUUAUUAUGCUACAAGCCGCCUUGAUGUUGAUCUUGCUGAAAAGGUUAUCAAGGGAAUUGUCGAUGGUUGCCAACAAUCUGACUGUGCUCUUUUAGGUGGAGAGACUGCCGAGAUGCCGGGUUUCUAUGCAGAGGGUGAGUAUGAUCUCAGUGGUUGUGCGGUUGGAAUUGUGAAAAAGGACUCUGUGAUUAACGGGAAAAACAUUGUGGCUGGAGAUGUCCUCAUUGGCCUACCAUCCAGUGGGGUUCAUUCCAAUGGCUUCUCUCUUGUAAGAAGGGUUCUAGCUCAUAGCGGGCUGUCUCUAAAGGACCAACUUCCGGGUAAAUCUGUUACAUUAGGUGAAGCUUUAAUGGCUCCCACAGUGAUAUAUGUUAAGCAGGUGCUUAACAUAAUUAGCAAAGGCGGUGUGAAGGGGAUAGCCCACAUCACGGGAGGUGGUUUCACCGACAAUAUACCUAGAGUAUUUCCAAAAGGCCUGGGAGCUGUCAUCUAUAAUGGUUCAUGGGAAAUCCCAGCUGUUUUUAAAUGGAUCCAAGAGGCUGGAAGAAUAGAAGAUGCUGAAAUGAGGCGAACUUUCAAUAUGGGUAUUGGGAUGGUUCUUGUUGUGAGUAGAGAGGCAUCCCGCAGAAUUCUUGAGGAUGACAAUGGAGCUUACUGCAUUGGUGAGGUUGUAACUGGUGAAGGAGUGAGUUAUAGAUAAAAUGUAUUGUGUGGCUCUCUCUC